CACAACUUCCUUCGUUCCCAGGUUCUCUCGUCUUCUUGUUCCAGGCGGGGUGAGAGAAUGGAAGAACCUGGGAAAACGGCAGUUUCCUAGGGUGCCCCGUCUUCUUGUUCUAGGGGGCGAGAGGAAGGCGGAACCUGUGAACAAGGUUCUUUCACUCUGUAAGUCACCUCGUAAACAGUUAUAUAAAGCUUACGCGACAUUGGCGAAAGGUAGAACCUCGCAAUCAACUCUGCAGUAAGGAAGUGUAAUAUAUUUGGCAUUGUGAAUGAAAGUGAAACGAUGUGAACUUCGAUCACAGCAAUGGUGCAUUAGCAAUGCUCGUAAUACAUUUCGGCAUUGUGGCGGCGCGCUUUUACGCCGUUGCUGAACAAUCUUGCUCGGCACGACAAUACAAGUUCGUGAACAGUUUUUGAGAUCGAUUUCAAUCGAUUUAAUUGCAGCGGUCUGAGGAGAUGAUGUAGAUGAGUAAAUCGAAAAAGCCGAAUGUUCCUGAAAGGAAUUAUCCAUUUUUGCACACUUACGUGACCUGUCAAAAGUAUUUUCUACAUUUCUUCUACCUUUCGUGGUAUCACCGAUGGUGUCAGUGUUAUCAUGACAGACGGCGCAGAGGAGUAGAAUUUAGCUUGCUUUCCAAAAGAAACCUGUGUUUCAAGGAAACUUGGAGGUAAACGUGGUGUUCGUGUCCUCGGUUCUUCGCGUCUGACUCUUCUUGUACUCGGUUCAUGGUGUCUACACUUCGUGUGCUCAGUUCCUCGUGUCUCUGACUCUUUGUGUGCUCGGUUCAUCGUGUGCCUGCUCUUCGUGUAAUCGGUUCAUCGCGUCUCUCUAUGUUCCGCUUUGUUUCCCCUGGAGUCGCAAAAUAUAAAGGUCAACCCGCGAUAUGUGAAAUAUUGCUUAACUCCCAGUUUUGAAUGAAAUACCACGUGUGCCUCUAACUUGCGAUUUUCUCCCUCCUCCUGCUGUUAAAAAAGAACGCCUGAUCGCAGAUUAGUGCUGUUCGGCCUCUCUACGCGAACAGAAUCCGCUUCACAGGAUUUUUUAUUUGCAGAUCUUCCUGGAUCUCUCAAGUGGGUAGUGAUCUUAAAAAAACGUAAGUGGGAUUACCUUGGGAAUAAGACUAAUAUGGGAGAUUAACUCUCUUAACCUUACUCAGGCGCUCUUGGGCUGUAGGCUCGUCACGUAAUCUUCCUCCCCUUCGUGAGGGAUUAAGAUUGCGUGACGAGCCCAAGAGCCUCUGUGCAGGAGGCUAUCUUUUGGCACGUGGUGUGGUUGAGAAAGGAUACAGCUUUAUUAGAUGGGUCUGCCUUGACCACUGCGCUCUUCAUUGCUUACUUUCGAAAAUCUUCGUGUAGCCGUACCCUCCCCCCGACGAAAAACGGGAACGUCCCGUUUUUCCUCUGGGGAUGGGUACAGCUACACAUAGGCUGCGGAAAUCUGUGUUCAAACUGAAAAGUAUUGUUGUUUUCUUUAUUUGUUUGUUUUCGAUUUUGACACCAAUCAAAAUUCAUUAUUUGGGGAAAGAGACAUCUGGAGGAGACAUCACUGUUUAAAAAUGAAAUCCAGAAAAGUUGGCAUGACACAAAUUAUUGUCACGUGCUAAGUAGAGUCGGUACCCAAUGAAACAAACAUGCUGUUAUUAAUUUCGCUGUCAACACCUCCAAUCUAGUAACUUCUAGUCUUCGCAUCACAUUUCUGGAUAGGCAAUGAAUUUUGAGGUCAUGUCUAUUUACGCCUAACAUGACCCUGAAAUGACCAUCGAGCAGCAUUCCAUCUAAUUAGAUUCUCGACUGUCAUGCCACAAAGAGUGAACUGGAUCGUUCAAUUGUUUUGAAAACGGUUCUCGCCACAGAAGACGCCACACCGCUUUUACACAGCUGAAAUGGAAAAUCGAAAACGUUCGGUCACGGUGGCCAUCGACUUCGGUACCACGUAUUCUGGGUUUGGUUUCGCUGAAGCAAACGUUUUGGGCGAGUCUGGGAUCCAGGUUUUUCGUGGCUGGGGACGCGGACAAGGUUUUAGCUUCUACAAAACCCCAACGUGCGUUCUCCUCUCGCCCGAUGGAAAUUUUAAUAAGUUCGGUCACGCGGCUGUCGAGGCUUAUGCCAAGCAUCUCGCCAAAGGCGACAACAAGGAUUUCAUUUAUUUCGAGAGAUUUAAGCUAGUGCUCUACAACACAAAGGACCUUUCCAAGGACACUAGUAUGAUGGCGUCAAACGGCGCCGUAGUGAAGGCACUGGACUUGUUCUCGGUUUGUUUAGCGUAUCUUGGUGAUAAGGCAAUGGAGUGCAUAAAUGCCAGUGGUCAGCGGGCAAAGACCUACGAGUCACGUGAUGUGCAGUGGGUGGUGACAGUUCCCGCCAUUUGGGAGCCGACCGCCAAAGAAUUUAUGAGAGAGGCAGCCUACAAGGCAGGACUGGCGUCACCUGAUGACCCGGAUCAACUGCUAAUCGCUCUUGAACCCGAGGCAGCUUCGUUUUACUGCAGAACGUUACAAAUGAAGGAUUUUCUAGGGGAGACUGGCGACGAAUCAGUGAACGAAGGCCUUGCUUCGUACGUCGUCAUUGACAACGGAGGGGGCACCUUGGACAUAACAGUACACGAGAUUCAGGAGGACGGUACAAUCCGCGAAAUUCACUGUCCAGCGGGUGGCCAACUGGGUGGCAUGCACGUGGACAGGGAAUUCCAACGCAUGCUCAUGGCGGUGUUCGGCGAGGACUUCAUCAACAAGUUCAGACGGGAUUUCCCCAACGACUGGCAGAAAAUCAUGAACGACUUUGAAAUUCAGAAACGAGCUGAGGAGGGCGUCGAUAACGACGAAGUCAGCAUCGUCUUGCCGUUUAACUUCGUGAAUGCCUAUUCGCGCAUCAUAGGAAGCGACGACGAUAUUAACGAACGGCUGAAGACUAACUACAAAAAUAACCAAGUAAACGUCAGUGAUGGCUACUUGAACCUCAGUCUCGAGGUCAUCAGCGGCUUUUUCGAACCAGUCGUUCAAAAAACUGUAGACGUCAUCAGGUCUCUCUUUGAGCAAAUGGAGCACGCGAAUGUAAACACGAUGUUUCUGGUCGGCGGCUUCUCGCAGGCGCUGCCCCUGAGGAAAGCUAUAACCCAGGCCUUCCCGGACAAGAGAGUUCUUACCCCGCGCGAUGCAGAGCUCGCCAUCAUCAAAGGCGCGGUAAUGUUCGCGCAAGCACCGGACCUGCUAACAACGCGAGUCAUGGCCAAAACAUACGGAAUCGACAUCAAUGAAGCUUUCGACUCCAACAAACAUCCCGAAGAGAAGAAGACCGACAUUUGCGGGGUCAGCUACUGUGAAGAUGUGUUUGAUGUUCUUGUGAAGGAAGACGAGCAGGUUCAAGUUGGAGAAAAGAGAUCAUUUUUCUUCUCGCCCGUUCAUCCCGAGCAGACAACAGCUUCGUUGCGUUUCUUCAGCACGCACAACAAGAACGUGCAGUUCGUCACAGAUCCUGGUGUCAUGGCUGAAAAUGUGGCCUUCCAGAUCGUCAGCCCUGAUGUCUCCAAAGGGUUACGCCGGAACAUAGAACUGAACGUUUACUUCGGCGGAACUGAGAUUAAAGUUACAGCUACUGACGUCACUUCCGGUAGUUCUGCCAAGGCCGCGCUGAGAUUGGUGACGAAGAACUUAACAUGACGUCACAGAACAACAAAAGGAAACGUUCCAUUACGUUUAAUCAAACAGUAGCGUUUUUUUAGAACUUGCAGUCUUCGUUAUAUUUUUAAUUAUAAAUUAUAAAAUACUGACAAGUAACCCUAGCGACCUUCUGUACGAAAAUGACAAAAAUAUAUCAGGUUCGGUCCCUUCACGGAGAUGAUAAAAAAAAUAGUUUCAUAGACUGAUCCCGAUUUUCGUCAAAACCUUUCAUGUUAGCUACUACAGCUAGGAAACCCCGUGAAGCAUUAUACGUUUUUGGAACUAACUCACACUAUUUAAGGAGAAUUUGUGUCAUUUAAAGGUUAAAUUUGGAAACGCCAAUUAAAAUUUAAAAACGUUGGAAGAGAGAAUUGAAGUUGUAGGUUGCAGGUUGCAGGUUGCAGGUUGCAGGUUGCCAUAUCAAGGAAGAUGGACUAGCAAGAUUAAAACUGGGUAACAGAAGUUGAAACAGUGUGAGCCAGAUGUAACGAAAACUCUCAACCUCGUUGCCCGAGUCUCUCUUCUUUCCCAAC